CAAAGCAUGGAUUGUGGAUUGGUUUUGGUCGGUCGUUUUCUUGCCGUUCUUCUUCUGUGCGUCCAAUGUGGGUUCCUGACAGCUUUUCCUGUCUGUUACAGGGAUGAUAAACGUCUAGUAUCCUUGCUACUUUUGUCUUUUCCUGCCCUGAUUUACUAUGGGAUUUGUCUGGCUACUGGUGGAGAACUCCGUAAAGUUUUCCGCACUUGGGGUCUCUACAUUAUUUUCGGUUUGAUCCCUUACAUCGCAAUCAUUUUUGCGUUGUGCGGAGACGUACUCAACAAGGACAGUUUUCUCAGCCCGACCUGUUUGAAAGUGAUCCUGUGCAUCACGCCUGCUGCCUUUCUCAUUCUGGUGAAUACAGCGAGCGAUUUGGGCAAAUACGAAGACUACAAAGCCCUGGCCUUGAAGCUGUCAGUCGUAAUAACAAUAGAUCUUGUCGAUAGCGUCGAGAUGUUGGAUAUUGUGCUCGAUGAAAGGGAGAACAGUGACGGAAUCCCAAAAGAGUUUGGAUAUGCAAUGAUAGCAGCGGUGUGCUUGAGCUUUCUGUUGACUUUGCUGCAAAUGGCAGAAAACAAACUCACUAAAGAUGGGCCAAAAAUUCGCUUCCGUACCGCAUUAUACCGCAGUAUUGUUCAAAUAGUUUUCGUUAAUCUACCAUUCUUGGUUAUUCGUGCGGUGGUGUUCUUUAUGUUUGGCAAAGACGAGUCCAUCUUCAUUGCCAAGAAUGGCAUAGCAAUAGUACUUUCCAUUUUGGAAAUUCGUAAUCUUCUCUGUUUACGUCGGGUUGAACAAGAAGACCAAGCAGUUUAGAAAAGGUAUAUUUUUGUAGCUCCUCGAUUUCAUCUUAAGAUCUCAAAAUCCACUUCUAUUUUGUAUUACAUUUUGCAAGAGACAUUCCCAGUUUAAGUGGUCUCCUGUAACCUGAUAGAAGUAGACUAUUUUUUGUUUCCUUUAUAGUUUUAUGUUUUCGGUUCUGCAAACUGUACAUAAAGCUUACAAUUGCUUUUUUCAUGUGUCUGAAAUAUAUCUUAUAGAGAUCGGUUUA